CCCUUCGACUUAGCCUCAUCCGCAAAAUCAUGGGUGAGUGAAGGAAUCACACCUAUACCAAUUUCCUCGGCCGAUAACAAGACCUAGGAGGUGAGAAUGGCGCGGACCCAGCUCCUAUCAGUCCUCACUUGUCUACGCUGUAAGGGCCGUAUCACCCCUGAGCCGUCGACAGACCACGAGGCAGUAAAAGAACUCGCCCUAAACAUCACUAAGCUCAUCGCCCCUGUGGUCACCCAAGACCAAUCUGAGGUUUCAAACCAGGAUCUACUCAAGAACAGUCAGGCUCUCGUCGAGCAGUGCCAGGCGAACUCUGGACUGGGCAUCGCCGCCCUCGAAGCGCUCAUGAAACAAACCACAACCGCAGUGCGACUCGAAGACGAGGUCUUAUACACUCUAGUUGCAUACACAGAGAAACCACAAACCGGGGGGGGCCGGGAAACGGAAGCGAUUGCGAAUCCACUUCUCGAGCAACAAUUCAGCAUCCCCGACAGUUCUACCAAGGAGCAGUUCCUCACUGAAACCGUGCUCCAAACCUACCUGCGCCCGCUAUUCUCCAAGUCCAAGCCGGCGUCCAUCACAACAUCCGGCCGGAAGGCAGAGUACACGGACAGCGCCCCUAGCAAGGCCGAGAGUAUGCCCGACGAAUCCGCCGUGACCAAGCCGUGGAAGUACACGGACAUGAGAGCCACCCCGGCGGUAGCAUGGGCGGUGCGCGAAGCCGACAACCAACUCAUCGCCAAACACUGGCCGCUCUUCAUCCCCGUCCUGCUCACCCUCGCCGACGAUGCCACCACCCCAAUCCGGCGACGCGGUCUGCUCAUCCUGGCCGACUUCCUCGCCAAGUUCCCCGACAAGACCCUGCACGGCACGGGCCUGGCCCAAGUGUUCGAGGACGCCAUCUUCCCGACCCUAAGCUACCUCCCCAGCCUGACGCCCGAGGAGGAGUCAGUGGAGCUCCUCGUCCCGGCAUAUGACGCGCUGCUCAUCUUAGCGAAAAAACAGCCCGCCGUUGGGAAGGAUGGGAUUGCCGGCGCGCCGAAGAAUGGCUUCCUCGACAGGAUGCUCCGCGAGGGCGUGCUGGGUGGGUAUUUCCACGCCAAGGACCACGUGCGGAUCGUGGAGGUGCUUUGUCAACAGACGGUGGCGAUUCUAGAUGAGAUGGGCGUGCACGCGGUGAAGCAUCUCAAGGAUCUCGUUCCGAUGCUCUCGACGAUCAUGACCGACCCUUUCGCGCCCGUGGCCCCAGGAACGCUUUUCUCAGCGAUCAAAGCCCUCCAGGCGGUCCUCACAAACUGCUGGCCGCGAAUCCCCCACUCGCCAUGGCAAGAUGAGAUCAUCAACGCCCUCGUCCUCAGCUGGCUGCAUCUCGCCGAACACAGCCACGCCGCCACAGACAAGACCUACGCCCGUCUCCAGCAGGAACUGGUCACCUCGUCCAGGGCGCUGGCAGCGGUGCUCAAGACGGCCGGGGAUGGGACCGCAGGGGCAGUCGACCUCUCGUUACACGUCGCUCCCUUGGUGGAAAAGGACCCCCGCCUGGCGGCGCUUUUCCCUUCCAACUGACCUCCUCGUCACCCCACCCCGUCGCAGGAGGAACUCUACCAGGGCUAUCCUCCCCGACCGUCCCAGCCGACUCCGCG